AUGGCGGUGAGAUUCCAGGUGGCAGACAUGGAGGAGCUGACUAUCUGGGAGCAGCAUACAGCCACGCUGAGCAAGGACCCCCGCCGUGGCUUUGGCAUCGCCAUAUCCGGAGGCCGGGACCGGCCCAGUGGAUCCGUGAUCGUGUCGGAUGUGGUGCCCGGAGGACCGGCCGAGGGCAGGCUCCAGACAGGGGACCGCAUUGUCAUGGUGAACGGGGUCUCUGUGGAAAAUGUCACGUCCACCUUUGCCAUUCAGAUUCUCAAAACCUGCACCAAGUUAGCCAAUAUCACAGUGAAGCGUCCCCGCAAGGUCCAGCUACCCUCCACCAAGGCCAGCCAGCCUGGCCCAGGGCACCAGGAUUCGGAUGAGGAGGCUGACCACGGCGGGGGCUAUGAAGGUGGCUCUUCCAGUGGCUCAGGCCACUCUUGGGAUGAGCGAUCCCGCCGGCCAAGGGCAGGGCGCCGGAGCCGGGCUGGCAGCCACGGACGCCGCAGCCCGGGUGGUGGCUCUGAGGCCAAUGGGCUGGCCCUGGUGUCUGGCUACAAGCGGCUCCCAAGGCAGGACGUGAUCAUGAAGCCAGUGAAGUCCGUGCUGGUGAAAAGGAGAAACAGCGAAGAGUUCGGGGUCAAACUGGGUAGUCAGAUCUACAUUAAGCACAUCACAGACUCCGGCUUGGCUGCCCGGAGCCAAGGGUUGCAGGAGGGGGACCUCAUCCUGAAGAUCAACGGGGUGUCCAGCCAAAAUCUGUCACUGAGCGACACGCGGCGGCUGAUUGAGAAGUCCGAGGGAAAGCUGACCCUGUUGGUGCUCAGGGACCAAGGGCAGUUCCUGGUGAACAUUCCCCCGGCUGUCAGUGACAGUGACAGCUCUCUUCUGGAGGACAUCUCGGACCUCACCUCGGAAUUAUCACAGGCGCCACCAUCUCACAUCCCACCUCCACCGAGGCACAGGCAGCGAAGCCCAGAGGCCAGCCCGACAGACUCCCCUGUGGAGAGCCCUCGGCGGGAAAGGUCGGUGGAUUCCAGAACCAUCUCCGAACCAGACUCGCCCAGGAACAGUGGCUAUGACAUUUACAAGGUGCCCAGCUGCCAGAGCCUGGAGGAACGUGGGUACAGCCCUGACACACGGGUCGUCUGCUUCCCCAAGGGCACACACAUUGGGCUGCGGCUGGCCGGGGGCAAUGACGUGGGUAUCUUCGUGUCGGGGGUGCAGGCGGGCAGCCCAGCCGAUGGACAAGGCAUCCUGGAGGGUGACGAGAUCCUACAGGUGAAUGACACACCGUUCCAGAAUCUGACUCGGGAGGAGGCCGUGCAGUUCCUCCAGGGGCUACCACCGGGAGAGGAGAUAGAGCUAGUGACCCAGCGGAAGCAGGACAUCUUCCGGAAGAUGGUGCAGUCCCGCGUAGGCGACUCCUUCUACAUCCGCACACACUUUGAGCUGGAGCCCAGCCCGCCUUCUGGCUUGGGCUUCACCCGUGGUGACGUCUUCCACGUUGUGGACACACUGUACCCAGGUGCUGGGCAGAGCCAGGGCCGCGGAGGCUACUGGCUGGCCGCACGCAUGGGUCGUGACCUUCGGGAGCAAGAACGUGGUGUCAUUCCCAAUCAGAGCAGGGCCGAGCAGCUGGCCAGCCUGGAGGCUGCACAGCGGGCCGUGGGCAUGGGACCUGGCUCGUCCUCGGGCUCCAAUGCAAGGGCCGAGUUCUGGCGGCUGCGGGGUCUUCGUCGGGGGGCCAAGAAGUCAACUCAGCGGAGCCGUGAGGACCUGUCGGCACUGACCAGACAGGGCCGCUAUCCGCCCUACGAACGUGUGGUGCUGCGAGAAGCCAGCUUCAAGCGCCCGGUGGUGAUCCUGGGACCUGUGGCAGAUAUCGCUAUGCAGAAGUUGACUGCAGAGAUGCCUGACCAGUUUGAAAUUGCAGAGAGUGUGAUGAGGACCGACAGCCCAUCCAAGAUCAUCAAACUGGACACUGUGCGGGUGAUCGCAGAGAAAGAUAAGCAUGCGCUCCUGGAUGUGACCCCCUCAGCCAUUGAGCGCCUCAACUACGUGCAGUACUACCCCAUUGUCAUCUUCUGCACCCCAGAGAGCCGGCCAGCCCUCAAGGCCCUGCGAGAAUGGCUGGCCCCAGCCUCCCGCCGCAGCACCCGCCGCCUCUAUGCCCAGGCUCAGAAGCUGCAGAAACACAGUUCCCACCUCUUCACAGCGACCGUCCCCCUGCAUGGCACUGGUGACACCUGGUACCAGGAGGUCAAGGACGCCAUCCGAGAGCAGCAGACACGGCCCAUCUGGACAGCUGAGGACCAGCUGGACGGCUCCUUGGAGGACAACCUGGACUUGCCCCGCCGAGGCCUGGCUGACAGCUCUGCGGACCUCAGCUGCGACAGUCGGGCCAACAGUGACUAUGAGGAGACGGAUGGCGAGGGUGGUGUCUACACUGAUGGCGAGGGUGCCUACACCGAUGGCGAGGGUGGACCCCACACGGACAUGGAUGAGGGGCCUCCAUCAACAGCCCUGGCUCGGUCCUCAGAGCCUGUGCAGGAGGAUGAACCCCCAAGCCCGAGGGAUCACAGGAGAAUCCUGGCUCAGCGGGGGACCCAGGUGGACAGCUACCAUCCCCAGGGACAAUGGCGCCAGGACAGUAUGCGGACAUAUGAACGGGAGGCCCUGAGGAAGAAGUUUACCCGAGCCCGAGAUGUGGAGUCCUCUGAUGAGGAGGGUUACGACUGGGGUCCAGCCACUGACCUGUGACCCCUCUCAGGUUGCCAGCUGGCCCGCUGUUCCUUUGCCUCCUGGCGUUGGGUCUCAGU